UAUAUAAAUAAACGUGCUUGCUAUAAAGUAAACAUUGCGCUUUUUACCCAUUGCGCGGUUUGUCCCUCGUAGUCCUCUGUUCUGGACGCAGAUCGGCGAGUUUCAAAAUGGCCGCGUCCACAGGCGACAGUAAAGGAACCUCUCUUUCUAAAACCGAGUAUCUAAAACGGUAUUUAUCUACAGAUGGAGACGCCAAGAAGUCAAAGCAGAAAAAAGCUAAAAACAGACGCGUUAAAUCUACUGGAAAAGGAAUGAAGAUAGUAGAUGACGACGUGGACUGGAAGCUGCUGACCCGUGAGGAGGAGAACGAGGAAGAGGAAGAGGAGGAGGCGCCUGUGGUUGCUGAGGUGAUCGAUGAGCGUCCAGAUGAGAUUAAACGCUUGGAAGCCUUCAGGAACAGCAGCAAAUGGAGAGUGAUGGGAGCAGAAGAGGACCUGGAAGAGGAGGAGGAGGAGGAGGAGGAGGAACUGAGAGUCCGUCAUGAUUCGCCAGAGCCCCAGUCAGCCAGAAAGACCCGUCAUGAUUCACCUGACAUUUCUCAACCCAGACGGGUUCGUCAUGACUCCGCCGAUGCCUCUCCACACCCCCACAGGACACAUCCGACACACAGCAGAGAAUCAUCUCCAUCCAGAAAAGAAGCCAAGUGUUUGUCCUCUACUCGUAUUGGCAAACAUUCUCCGGGGUCUGACCAGUCCCCACCCAGGAAGUUGGUUCAUAACAGCCUUGGGUCUGACUCUGACCAAUCACCUCCAAGGAAAAGGCCAGAGAGAGGAGGUGCAUCUGAUUCUGACCAAUCACCACCAAGGAGAGGACCAAGGGGAGUGCCGAAGUCUGAUUCUGACCAGUCUCCACCCAGGAGAAGACGGAAGGGAGGGCGGGGUUCUGAUUCUGACCAGUCACCACCCAGGAGGCGACCCUUGGGUGGGAGGGAUUCCGAUUCUGACCUAUUCCAUCCUCGCAGGCCUGUCCAAUCACAGUCUCGCAGCAUGUUGUCAGGUGGAGCAGCAGGACUGGUAUCAGUGGAGGUUCUUAGGAGUGAACAGGAGGAGAACCGACGCAGAGAGAAGAUCAACCAACCAUUAGAAGAUGCAUCUCGUAAUGCAGAGACGGUGUUCAGAGAUAAGAGUGGGAAACGGAGGGACAUCGAGAUGGAGAGAGAGGAGCAGAGGAGGAAGGCUGGGGAGAAGGCAGAGAAAGACCUGAAAUACACUCAGUGGGGAAGAGGGGUUGCUCAGGGCCAGAUGCAGCAGCAGAAUGUGGAGGACGCGUUGAAGGAAUCCCAGAAGCCUCUAGCGCGUUCUCGUGAUGACCAGGACCUAGACAAGAUGUUGCGGGAGCAGGAGCGAGAGGGAGACCCCAUGCUAGCCAUGAUGAGGCGCAAGAGGGAACGGGACAACAAACUACGAGGUGUCAAAGAGAGACCUCGCUACAAAGGUCCAGCCCCGCCCCCAAACCGCUUCAACAUUCCACCAGGCUAUCGCUGGGAUGGAGUGGACAGGUCUAAUGGUUUUGAACAGAAGCGUUACACCCGGAUGUCCGAUAAGAAGGCUGUGCAGGAGAUGGCCUACAAGUGGAGCGUAGAAGACAUGUAGAGAUGGAGAGGGACAAGAAAAGAGAGCAAGAGAGAUGAACUGAUGAAAAGACAGAUGGAUAGUUGAAGUCUGAGAACAAACAAGACUUCAACAAAACCAGCAGACCAUUGUCACUCAAAACACACACACGCACGCAAAAUGUGUAUUGUUUUCUUCUGCUUUAUUAAACUGUGUUUUGUAUCAG